AUCCAUCGACGGGUACGCAUCACUUUCCUUUGCUAUUUCUUGUUUCUGCGCGGCCGAGGAAUGAGAUUUGAUUGUCGUCGAGAAUCGAGAAGAUGGACUGUGAUCUGCCUAUCCGUGUUUCCGAUGUUCUGCAAAGCCGAUUCAGGUAGCCUGUUCUGACACAUUCAAAGACAGACAGAUUUUGGGCGACGUCUAUCUUCAGGCUUUCAUAGAUAAGGAAGCGCGCUUCUCAGCAAGCAGCGCCCUGUCUGUGUUCAGUGCUGUUACCGCUUUUGCUCCACGAUACACACUGCAUCGGCCACCGUCGGCUUAAGUUGCAUGUCAACCACAUUCGUUUUAUUUCAAAUCACACCCCUGCCCUCGUCUGCUGAAGAUGAGCCCUCCACAACAACAUGCACGCAACACGACGUGCAACACUCGUCGAGCCGCACCUACCCAUGCACGUCCGCUAAGACCUCCCCCACUGGGUCCUCGAAAGAACAGCCACUCGGGUCAAUCAAAGAAGAGCCCUGUGUGCAACAAGACCAGUACUAGUACCACUUCUGGCAAGACUCAAAAGAGAGACGCAGACACCAACGCAGAGGACGAAGACAUGGCUGGCCUUCCUCAAUUUUGUGCUACUUGCGAGAAGCAGAUCCUCACACCUGCCUGCAACUCAAUCUUGUACUGCUCCGAGAGCUGUCGCAGAAAGGACCACAACAAGCCUCUGAGUCAUUCCAUCUUACCGUCGGAACCCUCGCCGCAACCUACAACACCCCGGAGUUCGUACUUCUUCGACGACCACAACCAGCACGAGAUCCUUCCCAUGCGAUCGCCAACCGUCGUUCGACCACCGUCCCUGGCUUUCUCUGACGAUAGCUCCGACCUGUCCGGCAACGAAGAGCAUCCCAUGUAUCGUCGUAGCGAGAGUGAUGGAUCUCGCUAUCUCUCCCACUACCGCCACAGCUCAGGCGAGCAUAGCCCUCGUCGCGCGAGCUAUGAGCCCUACACGCCGUCGCUGUCACACACCCCGGGCUCACUUUUGAGUACCGUUGGAUCAUACCUCUCCACUCGCCCGCUCCCGGGUCGCAAAAACCCUUACAGUGCUUCUUUCAGCUCUCUUUCGGUUGACCUCGUAACGCCUGUCGUCAACACAGAGCCACUCACCGCAUCGACGGAUCUCGCUCACCAGAAUGCUUCCCUUCGUAGCAGUGCAAGUACUAGCACUGCGUUUCGUGUUGUCGAGGGAGAGAUGAGCUACGACAAGAAGGACUAUGCGUCCGGCACUUCGCCCAGCAAGGGUAGCCUUCGACAACUUUUCUUCCACGAAGCGAUGCAGGCUCCUCCUAGACAUGAGUAGCAUGCUCGCUACUCUUAGACUUGAUCCACAAGGUCAUUUUUUCUUAUUGCAUAUCGGUUUUAAUUUCACGAGGUCAUGAUGGAUAAGAUUAGGGCGAGCAACAGCAUUUGCAUAUGGUACAGCAUGGGUCAAAGGCUCUGGAUUGAAUAAUGGGGAGUUUAUCAUCGGACAAAAAGUGAUUUCAGCAAUUUACGAAUACAAUGUGUUAACUGAAACUGACGAUACUCACAUCUUGAUGUUGGAUAGACG